AUGGAGUUACGUCACACCAGCGCGCAAAAGUGCCGGCCAAGCAAAUAAGCCGCUGAGGUGCUAUUUGUAGGCAUUGCUGCCAAACCCGGGUAAGGCUGCUCACUCUUCUGCGAUCAAUGCUUUAAACUUUCUUUUGCACUAGAAGCAGCAUGCGUUAAAUUUCUGAUUAAUUCUGAAAUGAUUCUGUUUGGAGAACUUGAUCCGUUGAUGACCGGCGGCCGGUGCGCGCAACAACGCAAUUAGAUCAAAUUCCAAAAAGUCACAUUCACAGACAAUCGAACGCGUUACCGUGAAGGACCGGGACAUGAUGACGAUUCUGCAUGUUUUAGCAGCGAGGUUGUCACUUUUUAUCAUCACUUUCGAUUAGAUUUGUUUUUUAUUUAUUUCUGAAAUCACCAUGCCACACACUCGCAACAGGAACCCAAGUCCAAUCCCAGAGGUGACAUGGGACACGGGGUUGAAAGAGAUGAACGAGACCUGGAAAGGAGCUAUUGCAUGCUUGGGAGUUGCUAUUUUUUUUGUCAUGACAAUUGGGAUCAUUUAUUGGCAAGUUGUGGAUCAGCCCAACAAGAACUGGAUCCUUAAGGGGAGCUUUAGUGGGCUCAUUUGGGAGAGACGGACGCAAACUCUGGUCAUACAGACACUGACUGAGGACAAGACUUUUGCGGAGAUAGACGUGGAGAACGUGGGGAACACUGAUAUUGAGGUUCCGUUCGUGAGGAACAUGUGCUGGCUUAACAAAACCGAGUUCUGCUACACUUGGGAUUCGGUCGCAGAGGUGAAGAUAUCUUUGGAAUCGGAAGAGGACUCGGAUACUGAGUGCUAUAGUGUAACUUGGACUCCAAUUCACUGCCAUGUGGAUCUGAAGGACUGUUUUUCCAUGGUGAAUAUUUCGUGGUACGGAGGAGCCAGUGUCCAUGCGCUCAACUGGCCCAUAAACGAUGCCAACAUUUCCAUGCAGCCUUUCACAGUCAGCGACCUUAGGGACAACCCUUCUGGCUUCGGAUCAGUUUUAGAGCGCUACUUCCUGGGAUCCUCAGGUGUGUCAGUUCUCGUGGCCCCAAACAUCCCGCUACACGUAGGAAUGGAAAGCAGACAGCACUACUGUUUGCAGACGCCCCCCAGUAUGGAGCGCAUGCCUCUGGAGUACACCGUGUGUGUCGGACACAACAUCAAGGCCGUCCAUGAGGAGUCAAUGAACCGGCUCUCCACAGCCAGACGAGAGCUGCCAAACAUGGACGUCUUACGGCUGCCCUUCUGGAAGCUUCUGGCAAAUGUGGACUCUGGGGCCAAGCUAGAGAGAGAGCUGAGAACCUUCUCAAACCGGCUGAAGCGGCUUCACCUGGAGGGAGUCAUCGGCCUCGACGAACAUUCCACUGCCCUCCUCGCCAACAUGGACCACAGCUACCUCAAUGGAAAGAAAAGGACGUCUAAGAGACAGACCAGGGACCUCCCUUUUGUAAAGCUUCUAAACAUUUCCAUCACCCUGUCCCCGUACCUGAGUGUGGACUCGCAGCCGUUUCAGACCUCCGUUCAGGCGGGCUUUGAAGACUUCUGGCUGAGCCAGCCCUCAGGACCACAGGGACGACUGGUGCCUAUGUUGACUCAGUGGAAGGGAAAGUACUGUGUGAAGCUCAACAUCACCAACCCUAAAGCCACGAAUUGGUUUCUGGACAAAGUGGACAGCUUACACAGUCAUUUGGGCAUGGAGUAUGUCAUCCUGGAAGGCGGUGAGGGAAACCUUUUCGAGGAUCAUGCCCUGCGCCCCCCUCUUGCAUCAGUCGGGGACGAAUACAUCACACGCCUUGCUGACCUGGCAGAGAAGAUCGGGGACAACACCAUUGUGACCUCGGGAACAAGGUCCAGCCACAAACCGCUGUUCAUCCGCAUGAGUGCACUACAGUCAGACUGGAGUUACUCCGGCCUCAAGGGCAUCAUUCCAUCCCUGCUGCAUCACAGUCUUCUGGGAUAUCAUUUCUUCAUUCCUGACGCAGUAGGAGGCUCUUUCUCUGCCGAACUGGUUGCAGACGACGAGCUCUUCGUUCGCUGGCUGGAAAUCGCAGCCUUUCUUCCUGUCAUCAGCUUCCAGACACCUCCGUGGGUCUUUGAGAACGAAUGGGUCCUAAACCUCACCAGAUUCUACAUAGUCAAGCACCACGACUUUGUCGUUCCUUUGAUCCUGAAAUAUGCUGAAGAAUGGCAAGAAGCUGGAAACCCAAUCUACAGACCGCUGUGGUGGCUCAGUCCAAAUGACCCAAUCACAUUCACCAUUGACGAUGAGUUCCUCAUUGGAGAUGAGGUUCUUGUUGCUCCGGUUACAGAGAAAGGAGCUUUACAAAGAGACAUUUACCUGCCAGAGAGUGCCUUUCAGUGGCAGGACACUAACAAUGCUCAAGUGUUUGAUGGAGGGACGUUUCUGGAAAGUUACCCGGUCGGCCUUGGGGACGUGCCAGUUUUUGUACGACGGAGAUCCUGAGGCUGACUUACGACUUGUGCUGAUCUCAAAUUGCACUUUCCAUAAAGACCAUUAUCUGUGUCUCAAGGAAUCUUGAGAUUAGGUAGAAGAUAAUUUUACAUUUGCACUUUAAAAAUCAAAGUGAUUUAUAUUUUCUCAUGAUUUUUAGAUCCCUCUCGUUUUCUUCACUACUUGUUUUAUUUCAUGAGAUUUUUUGGGGGGGGAAUUUUUACUUCUUCAGAACGCCGGUUUACAUUUGAUAAAUUUAUAAAAAUCUUACAGCCUCUUAAAGUUAAAUUGUUAUCAUGAUAUGGAGCUAGAAAUCAAACCCUUUGCUUAAAAACAAUCAAUGGAAUUUUACGAAGACCAAACAAUCGAAUGGAAAUUGAGAAAGACUCUACAAGGACAAACCAAUGCGCUAAAUGGAUGAAGAUGAAAAAACCUUAAACAUCACUCAUCUCAGCUGGGUUUUUACUUGAACUUUGCUGAAUAUUUGCUGUAGUUUGUAAUGUUUUAACUGUACCUCAAGUUCUUGUGGUGUUUUUUUUUUUUUUUUUUAGCAUGAACUGUGAGAGAAGCACUUAUUGAUUGAGGAGACUGAAAUUAAGGGCUUUUAACGUGAAUAGCACAAUCAUUUUUUUACUACAUAUACACAAAUAUUGAAGAUCAAUCAAUAGUACUAGAAUAUGAGCCGAUGUUAAAGACAUUUUUUUCAUUGCUGUACAGUCUUAGUUUCAAUGCAGAACUCAAAAGGACAAAUUGUUUCUUCAUAAUGGUUGUUUUUGAGAGAUUUUGAUAUUAUGCUGAUUUUAAAAAUUAUUUGUUUAGAUUCUUACAAUUGACCAGAUUAACCAAUAUGGUAUUUCUAGAUAUUCAUUAAUUCAAACUGUAGGACAUUAUUGAAGGUAGAAGUAGAGUUUUGUAUUUAUAUCACUUCAGACUAAACUUGAUCAUUCGUUGACGACGUCUGCCUUAACUCUAGAAGAACAUUGAUGAUUGUAGCGGCAUUUGUACAUUUUGUGGUCAUGUUUAAAAUACCUGGUUUUAUGAAAUAUAGUUGCUAAUUGUUAGAAAGCUGAAUUCCACCAUUACAAAUGAUUUUACAGCCUGAGGGCAACAUUUGUCCUGUAGAAUUGUGGUUUAAAGUGCUCCUAUUAUGCAAUAUUAAAGGUUCCUAAAUUCAUUUGGAGGUCUCCUACAAUCGGGUUACAUGCAUCCAAGAUCAAAAACACCUUAAUUUCCUCAUAAUAUACAUUGCAGCAUCAGCUCUUUUGUGCUCUGUUGUGAUUGGUCAGAUGACCCAGUCUUUUGUGAUUGGAAUACUCUUUUCUGAUUGGUCAGAUGGCCCAGUCUGUUGUGAUUGGUCUACUCUGUUGUAAUUGGUCAGAUGACCCAGUCUGUUGUGAUCGGAAUACUCUUUUCUGAUUGGUAAGAUGGCCCAGUCUGUUGUGAUUGGUCUACUGUGCUCUGAUUGGUCAGAUGUCCCAGUCUGUUGUGAUUGGUCUGCU